AUGUUUCCCCGCCUAAUCUACCAUACGUUAUCCUCAUCGGAGCUGUUCCGCCUCCGCAAAGCCUUCAAGAUGAAGUUCAAGCAGCAGGCGCUGGAGGGCGACCCGAGGAAAGCCCGCAUGAACCUCGACGACCCGAAUCCAGAUAACUUGCCGGGGCCGCUGAGGGUGUGCGCUCUCGCCCUCAAUCAGAUCAAGGGCUUCAAGGAGCACCUGCCCCUUGUCUCCGUGCUGUGCAACAAAGGGCUUAGGGCCAGGCACUGGGAGAACCUCAACAAAGCGGCGGGAUUCGACAUUACGCCCAAUGCUGGCACCAGCCUGCGGAAGGUGGUGCAGAUGGACCUCGGAGGGCUGCUGAAGGAGUUCGAGGUGGUGAGCAGCGGUGCCUCGAGGGAAUACAACCUGGAGCUAUCGCUGGCCAACAUGAAGGGCGCCUGGGAGUCCGCACGGCUGUCCUUCGCCCAGAAUCCGGACGUCGGCGUACAGGUCCUCGACGGGCUAGAGGAGGUGAGGGAGCUGGCGGAGGAGCACCUCAUCACCACGCACACGAUCAAGAACUCGCCCUUCGUCGGGCCUUUUGUCGGUUCUACAGUUUUAGAAGUGGAACAUUCUCAUAUUUUAGUGUUCUCAUAUCAACAGAACUUCGUACCUUAUGACGUGAAAGUGUGGGAAGCAACAUUGCGAAUGGUACAUGAAGCCCUCACAGUUUGGAUGAAGGUGCAGACGAUGUGGGUGGAAUUAACGCCCAUCUUUUCGACUCCUGACAUCCCUCACCAACUGCCUGACGAGAACCAGCUGUUCAAGGAAGUCGACCAGAAGUGGGUGUCUGUGAUGGACAAGACGGUCUCCUCGGAACGCCUCCUCGACGUGGUGGCCGACGAGAAAACGCUGAAGGAGGUGACGUCGUGUCUUCAGAAUUUCGCCGUCAUCCAGAAGGCUGUCCACACUUACCUCGAUAGCAAACGGCGCGUCUUCCCGAGGUUGUACUUCCUUUCCAACGAGGAGCUAACGGCGCUGCUGUGCGAGACGGAGGCGGCGCGGCUGCAGGACCAUAUCAGGAAGUGUUUUGACGGCGUCCACGCGCUCCUCCUGGACGAGCAGGACGCCAUCUACGCCGUCUCCAGCAAGGAAGGAGAGACUAUCAGCCUCCUGAAGAAGCUGCCCGCGUCACAGGCCCGCCAGAGCAUCGAACACUGGCUGCUGCAGUUCCAGGAGGCCAUGACCAACACCCUGAAGAUGAAGACCUGCGAAGGCGUGGAGAAGUGGACUCGGCGCGGGGGCGGAGGCGGAGGGCGGGAUCUGGAGAGCAUCGUGCCUCCGUGGCCCCUGCAGGUGACGCUGACGGUGCGCCACGUGUUCUGGACGGCGGAGGUUCACCAGGCCAUCUGCGGCGGCACUCAGGCUCUGCAGGAGUGCCUCACGAGGGUCGAGGGCGAGGUCCACCUGAUCGUCGCGGCCCUCCGGAAGACGCACCUAGACAGCGGCAGGCAGUCCUCGCGCACGCCGGCCACCUCGCCCCCCUCGUCUGCCGCCUCCGACUCCACGCCCCGUACUCCGCCUUCUUCAGGGAGAGUGGGCGCCGGGUCACGCCUCGCCCCAUCGCCCUCCCGCCACGCCCUCUCCGUCCUCAUCCUAUCUGCGGUGUACGCCAGGGACGUCCUCAAAGAGCUCAUUGAUCGCGGGGUCACGGACGAGGAGGCCUUCUGCUGGCUGGCGCAGCUCAGAUAUUACAUGAAGGAGGAUGAGAUGGAGGCGCGGAUGCUGCACUGCUCUCUGCCUUGGGGCUGGGAGUACGUGGGCGCCGAGGGAAGGCUGGUCGUCACGCCCCUCACCGCCCGCGCCUACCACACCCUCGUCACCGCCUAUCACGCCCAUCUAGGGGGAGCUCCUGAGGGUCCGGCGGGCACUGGCAAGACGGAGACGGUGAAGGACCUGGCGCGGUCGCUGGCCGUGAACUGCCUGGUGUUCAACUGCUCCGACGACCUCGACUUCAUCUCGAUGGGCAAGUUCUUCACGGGCGUGGCUGCGUCGGGCAGCUGGGCAUGCUUCGACGAGUUCAACAGGCUCGAGGUGGGCGUCCUGAGCGUGGCGGCGCAGCAGAUCCUGACGGUGGUCCGGGCACGGCGGGAGGGGCGCGGGACCUUCUCGAUGGAGGGCGGGCUGCCCCUCGGACUCAGCGCGCAGGGCUUCUUGGCCGUCACCAUGAACCCCAAGUACAGAGGGCGCGUCGCUCUGCCGGAUAAUCUGAAGCUUCUCCUUCGGCCGGUGUCCAUGAUGACGGCUGACUACCAGUCGAUCGCCGAGGUCUCGCUCCUCUCGUGCGGCUUCGCUCACGCCCGCGCCCUCGCCGCCCGCGUCGUGGGCGUCAUGGCGCACUGCCAGACCAUGCUGCAUCCUCACCAUCAUUACGACUUUGGAACCUCCCUGCCGGAGUGGUCGGAGACCGAGGUCGUCCUCCGGGCCCUGAGGGAGGUCAACCAGCCCAAGUUGGUCGCCGACGAUUACGAGAGGUUCGAGUCCAUCCUCUCCGACUUCUUCCUCGAGCUCCCACCGACGCCCCGCCCGCCAGCUGAUAACCUGGUCAGCUUUUUGGAGAAGGUGUGUGAGGAGCGAGGCCUCCUUGCGACGAACGAGUUCCUGCUGAAGACGCUGCAACUGUACGAGACGCUGAGGGAACGCCACGGGGUCAUGGUGGUGGGGCCGCCCUGUGGAUCGAAGACCACGAUCAUUCAGACGCUCUCGGCAGCACUGGGCAUGAUGGAGGGGGACCAGCCCAUCCACGUGGAGGUGCUGAAUCCUAAGACUCUGACGCAGGCGCAGUUAAUCGGUUCCCUCGAUCCUGUUAACAGAGAAUGGUCGGACGGACUCGUAGCGCAGGUCAUCAGACAUGCCAACGCCCGCCGCACGUGGCUGCUGUUCGACGGCCCGACGGACGCCUCGUGGGUGGAGAACCUCAACACCGCCCUCGACGACUCGCAGAAGCUGUGCUUGCCUUCGGGCGAGACAGUGCCCGUGCCCGAAGACAUGGCCACCAUCUUCGAGGUCCUGGAUCUGUCCCAGGCAUCCCCCGCCACGGUCUCGCGAUGCGGAAUGGUGUACGUGGGCGGCCAGACGAUCGGAUGGGCGGCGAUCCUGCAUUCCUGGCUGCACCACCACGCCCACGGACCCUGGUGGGGGGAGUACGGCGCCCUUCUGCGGGAGUUGGCCAACUGGCUCAUCCCGCCCGUACUCGAGUUCGUGAAGGCGCACUGCCGCUACCUGCUGCCCGUCGUUGAGGUAUCCCUUGUCAGGUCCAUCUUCCCUCUGACGGAGACGGUAGUGAACGAGGUGCUCCAGGACGGCAGCAUCUCGCAGAAGGACCGUCCUAAGGUGGGCCCCAUCUGGACGACGGCGUCCUUCCUCUUCUCCGUCACGUGGUGCAUCGCGGGGGCGCUCACCCUUCCCGCCAAGGAAACCUUCAACGUCUUCUUCAGGAGACUCGUGAUGGGUUACAUCAGACAACACCCAACGCCAUCUAUGAUCGAACAGAUCGGCUGCCCUUACCCGGGGGACGGCAGCGUGUUCGACGUCCUCUUCGACGCCAAGCAGAGGUCCUUCUGGCGCCCCUGGACCGACGUCAUCAAGCACACCGAGAUCCAGGAGACGACCAAGAUCUCCUCGCUCCUGGUGCCCACGGUCGAGUCGGCCAGGCUCUCAUACCUCGUAGACGUGUGUGGGCGUGCGACCAACGGCAUCCUCCUGGUGGGCGAGGGCCAGAGUGGGCGGAAGGUGGUCGUGCGUCACCACCUCAAGAACCUCGCUACCGACGCCUCCGAGUACGCCAUUCUGCCCGUGACGCCCGCCGCCACCGCCCUCUCCGUCAAGCUGCCUGGCGCCGCGGGAGACGGGCGGCUGGGGUGCCAAAGGGGGUCGUCGGCUGGUCGUGUUCAUCGACGACCUCCACCUGGCCUCCCACGACGACUACCAGGCACGACCCGUCCACGAGCUGGUGCGGGAGGCCAUGCAGAGGAAGAGCUGGUACGGCGUGGAUUCGACGACCAGCGUGCCCUGGAAGACAUCACGUGGAUCGGCGGCGCCUCCCUACACGCGGGCAGGGCCUCGGGCGGCGGCGGCGACAGCGGCGGCGGAGGCGAGGAAAGGGCGCCAGACUUGCUUCACCCGCGAUGCCAGGCAGGUUUUAUGGCCAUCGCCGCCCACGCCCUCUCCAAGGACACCAUCACCAGGGUCUUCACCACGCAGCUGAACGUCUUCCUCAGGGCCGGUGGCUUCGUGCCCGACGUGUUCACGGUGAUCCCAGGCGUCAUCUCGGGCACGAUGGGCGUCCUGGACCACGUUCAGACCGCCCUCCGCCCGACGCCCGCCAAGAGUCACUACACCUUCAGCCUCGCCACCGCCGCCCGCGUCGUCAACUCCAUCAGCUUCCUCAAGAAGGAGUCCAUGGAGACCAAACGACACUUCGUCAGAGUGUGGGUUCACGAGGUGUACCGCGAGGUGUGCGACCGCCUGACGGAGACCGCAGAGGUGACGGCAGUGUACCAGCUCCUUAUCCGAACCAUAAAGACCAGUUUCCGGGACAAGAUCCAUGUGAUUUUUGACAAAAUCUGCAAUGAAGAUGGAUCGGUGACGGAGGCGUGUCUGGAGCGCGUCUGCUGGGGCGUGAUGGGCAGCCUCGACACCCCGGCGGCGGAGAGGCGAUACGAGGAGCUGAUCGACGCCGCGCAGCUCCGUCAGACGAUCGCCGCUUUCAUCGAGGAAUACAACGGCCAGCACCAAACCAAGCUCAAUCUGGUCACCUUCAAUUUCAAGUACGAGGACCUUGGUUGGGUUAUACGUUUAUUUAGGUGUGGGCUUGGAAGGUACGUGGUUCAGCACGUGUCGCGGAUCUGCAGAAUCCUUGGGCGUGCGGGCGGCCACAUGAUGCUCGUGGGCGUGGGUGGGUCGGGACGGCGCUCCCUCACCCACCUCGCCGCCCAUAUCUGCGGCCAUCGACUGGUCCACCCGCGCAUCGUAGCCAGAGACGGCUACAGCGAUCUCCGGCGAGUGCUGAAGGACGCCCUCAUCACAGCAGGAGUGGAGGAGAAAGCCACGGUCGUCCUAGUAGGAGAUGAGGUCCUACAGCAUCCUACCAUCCUGCAUCUCCUCAACACUCUCAUCUUAACGGGAGAUGUGCCGAACCUCCUCUCGCCCGAAGACCAUAGUUAUCUGUUGGAGCGCCUCCGUCUGUACGCCGAGGACCGUGGCGUGACGGAGACCGACCUGUGGCACGAGCAAGCGCAGCGGGUGGCGGAUCUGGUGCACGUGGUCAUCACGGCGCCGCCCACGCCCGAACUGAGGCAUAUAUUCGCCAGCUACCCCGCCCUCACCACCCACAUCACGGUCGACUAUUUCAAGCCGUGGCCACGAGAGGCGCUGGUGAAGGUGGGCGAGCACUACCUGGAGGCCGUCCCGCUCAGGAGGUCGAUUAAGGACGCCGUUAUAUCUGCCGCCACCGCCACCCACCAGACGGCCAGGUUCGAGGAGGCUGACUCUGCUCCCGACGGGGCUGAAGGGGAAGGGGAGCGCGUGUCAGAGGACAUUCUGACGGAGGGCAAGUGGUGCCCCCAAGUCACUCCGGCGAGCUACCUCCACCUUCUACAGGAGUUCCGCGCCCUCUUCACCGCUCGUCAGACGCAGGUCACCGCCGUCAAGAAGAAAUACCUGUCAGGUCUCGACAAACUGGCCUUCGCCGCCUCGCAGAUCUCAGUCAUGCAGGAGAUGCUGGCUUCCCUGGGGCCGCAGAUCGAGGAGGCCACCCAAGACGUCAGCAAGAUGAUGGAGAUCAUAGAGCAGGAGUCCUUAGAAGUGGAGGAGAGGAGGAAACUAGUGUCGGCGGAGGAGGAGGAGGCCGGAGUGCACGCAGCGAAUGCCAGGGCCCUGCAGGAGGAGUGCCAGGCGGAGCUCAACCAGGCAAUGCCAGCGUUGCACGAGGCCGUGGAGUCUCUGAACACGCUCAAGCCAGCGGACAUCACGGUGGUUAAGAGCAUGAAGAAUCCUCCGCAGGCCAUCAAGCUCGUCAUGGCGGCCGUGUGCGUCAUGCUCGAGAUCAAGCCGGAGAAGAUGAAGAACAGCAGCGGGAAGACGAUCUUCGAGUACUGGGGCCCGAGCAAGCGCCUUCUGGGAGACAUGAGCUUCCUGCAGCAGCUGAAGGACUACGACAAGGACAACAUCCCCGAGGCCGUGAUGGACAAGAUCAACAAGGAGUACGUUCGACUGCCGGAGUUCGACCCCGUCUCGGUGGCCAAGGCUUCCAGCGCGGCGGAGGGCCUCUGCAAGUGGGUGCGGGCCAUGGCCUCCUACAACGCCAUCGCCAAGUCUAGUCACAGCCCUAUGUUCUUCCUCCACAUGAUACACGUGUGA